AAUUAAAACUGUGGGUUUUCUGAAUUGCAAGAAAUUAAAGGGGGCUAUUUGGAAAUUUAGCGUAGAGAACAAGAAUUAGGGCUGAGUAUGAGCGGUGGGUUUCAAAGUGGAAUUUCGAAAUCUCGCGGGAGAAUGGACUCUGAAGGGCAGAAGGUUUCCAAUCCCUCGGCCAUGCUUGCAGGUCUUGUGAGCAAGCGGAAGAAGCUCCAGGAGGAGCUUAGGAACAUCGAAAAUCAAGUGUAUGAGUUAGAGACUAGCUAUUUGCAAGAUUCGAAUCAGUGUGGAAGUGUUUUGAAAGGUUUUGAAGGAUUCCUUUCAUCAUCUAAGAGCACUAUAAACUUGAAGCGGUCCAGGAAAUUUCAGCCUGAAGACAGACUAUUCUCAUUGUCAUCAGUUACCUCACCUGCUGUCGAGGAGCAUAUAGCUGGGCGGGAAGAUGGAAGAGCCGAUUAUGGUCCAGGCCGAUCAAAGGGAGGAACCACUCCUGCUAAUGGACAAGGAAAGCCAAAGAAGGGAGGGAGAAUUGCAAUAAAGAGACCCCGGCCGGCUAAUGAUCUUGAUAUGGAAGACGAAGAUGAUUUGAUUUAGAACUAUUAGACUAAUUUUGAAGUAUAGUUUUCAUUGCACGAUGAAACAUGCCCAACUUUUACUUCAGCAACUCAUAAUGAUGAUAUAAUUAUGCAUCAAAGAUGAGGUCUCUUGCGCGGAGCUCAUCGGUCGUCGAUGAUGUAAUAUCUGAACCUUUAUUUGUCAUUGACCUUUUGUAGAAAAAUUUCAUGACUUGGUUGUCUGAUUGUAUUUAUGAAGUAAAAUGGAAGUGAAGUUCUGUAUUA